AUGAUCACAACAACGACACAUACUGUUGACGGCAGACAGAUUCGACAAUAUCUCGGACUCGUUACGGGUGAGGCUAUCAUGGGCGCGAAUGUUAUUCGCGACUUUAUGGCGGGCUUGACCGACCUUGUCGGCGGACGUUCAGGCACUUAUGAGAGCAAAUUCGCCGAAGCGCGUGAAACAGCACUUCAAGAGAUGGAAGAAGAAGCGCAGCGCAAAGGUGCAGACGCUGUUGUCGGUAUCGACAUCGACUACCAGGUACUCGGUGCCCGUAACGGCAUGCUGAUGGUAACGGCAACCGGAACUGCUGUCAAAAUUGAAUGA